ACGUUGGUGAUAUGUGGUAAAGCGUGCAAUUUCAUAUUGUUCUGCUUGAGCAGUAAACACUUCCGACGACGUUUGAAGUUGUCGACGAAACGAAAAAUGAGUCGUCAAUUCACGAAGAUAUCGGUUGGAGUGAUGGAUAUCACUUCGACGGCACAACGUCGAAUGAGUCGUGCACAGCAAAGCAUUCUGAAUCCGUUGUAUGUCGCCACCAGGACUGGUGAGCGACUCGCACGGAAAGCCGGCUAG